AAAUAGCCAAUGAAAUAGCUUCAAAACAGUUGAACGCGAAGACGGUUACUAAAGAUUUUUCAAUGGCUGGGUAUCCAAGUGGUGUGUAACUAAUUUAUAUGUGAUAUUUCUACCAGUUUUUACAAGAAAAAUAUAUUUUACAUUCAACGUUUACACAUACUUUAUCGAUGCAGGCCGGCGGUGUUCAUCCAGAUAGAAUUAGAAAGAUUCCAUUACGUCUAUCAGACUACAAAAUUAAUUCAAAUCUGCGCUCAAUUAUGCCACCCACAAAGAUAGCGAACAAAGUUGUUUCAAACGGUAUUGCGACACGGCGCAAAACCGCCAAUCAUGGUUUAGAAAAUGAUUUUAAUCACAUUGGCAAAGGAAUUGACAAACUAAAUAAAAUAGUUAGAGGAAAACGAAAAGCUGAUUGUUCCCCUAUCAAAAACAAAGUGGUUAAACGAAGUGCGUUGGGUGAUGUAACAAACAAUGACGAUAAAGUCAUCGAUAACAAGGUACUGAAAAAUAUUAAACGAGUGACAGUGCAGUCGAAAGUGCUACCAUCCGUUAGAACAGUUCAAAAGAAGAAGCAAAAUGAAAAUUCGCAACCUCCGCCCGCUCCAGUUGCCAAUAAAAUAGUUACGAGAAACGCAGUUAAGCAAGUUACCAAUUGCACCAAUCAGACUGCUUUAAAACCAAAAGAAAAUAAGAAAAACUGUGUACCAGCUGCGACUACCAAGAAGAGACUUAGUAAUGAGUUUGAAAAAGAUGACGAAACUUUGUACUGCACUGCAUUGGAGGAAACUAAUGAUUCUACAUGCUUCAGUGCAAAGCGACCAGUCACACGUUUAUCGGCCGCGGCAGCAAUCGCCUCCGCAAAAGUUCAAGAAGCUGGAAAGUCGUCGGGAAACAUUUCUCUUGUGACUCAUCAGCUCCAAACCAAACUCCACCUAGACAAUAAGGAAGUACCUGAAGGAGUUACAGACUAUGAUAAAGAGAAUUACGAUGAUGUUUAUCAAGUAUCUCAUUACGCUAAAGACAUAUUUCAUUACUAUCGAGAGAAAGAGCUAACAUUCCCAAUUUCAAACUACAUGGACACUCAAAUUUGCAUCACAAAGUGGAUGAGGACACUUUUGGUAGACUGGAUGGUUGAGAUUCAGGAAAGCUUUGAACUUAACCAUGAAACACUUUACUUAGGUGUUAAGCUUGUCGACUUAUACUUAAGCCGAAUACUAGUGUCUAAAGAAACUCUGCAAUUAGUGGGAGCAACGGCAAUGUUUGUGGCCAGUAAGUUCGACGAACGACUCCCGCCGUUGAUUGACGAUUUCCUGUACCUGUGUGAUGGAGCAUACACUAGGAAGGAAAUUAUCAAAAUGGAAAUAAGUUUACUGAGAGUAGUUGACUUCAAUCUAGGGAUUCCCAUAAGUUAUAGAUUUUUAAGGCGUUUUGCUAGGUGUUCGAAAACUUCAAUGAACAUAUUGACUUUGGCAAGAUAUAUCUUGGAAUUUAGUUUAAUGGACUAUGAUACCAUUCAUAUUCGAGACUCAUUAAUAGCUGCUGCAUCUCUAUACUUAGCUCUAAGGAUGAAAUUUGUCAGCAAAUGGACGCCAACACUAGAAUUCUACACAGGUUACAAGUUAAAUGACCUGAAGAGUACAGUUCUAUUGUUAAAUAAGUGUAUUAGUAAACCCCCAAAAGAACAAAUUAUGACAGUAAGAAAUAAAUAUUCACACAAAAUUUUCUUCGAAGUAGCUUAUACACCUCUUCUAGAAGAUCAAGAACUCUUUUAGUUCAUAAUGUGUACAUGUAUACAUAUUUAUUGUGUCUACUCAAGUAAAUUGUUUUACCUUUUACCUGUACUACCUUUUGUAUUUGUUUGAAUGUCUUAUGCAGGUAUUUGUUACAUCUAACAUUUAUUUUGUUGUAAUCAUCCACCACAUCCAAUAGAAUAAGGACUAUUCAGGCUUAAUCCUGAUCAUUUUGGCAUAUGUAACUUUUUGAAGCCGGAAGCAAGACGAUAUGACAAUUUAAUAAAAGCUCUGCCGAACUUUUGACUUA